UGUGUUUUUUUCGUCGCCUGUUCAGAACACAAGCCGACGACAGGAGCCGCCGCCGCAAGCAUGUGCAUCAUCCUCGACGAGUGCUUGAUGCUGAUGGUCCUCGCGCUGCAGGCGCUGACGGUGCUGCCGUCCAUCGCUGUCUCGCGCGAGACGGGCAUCGCGAUGCUGGCGCUCUACCUCACGAGCGCGUUCGUCUCGAUCGGGUUCGCCUUCCUCUACACGCUGCGCAACUGCUGCAGCUGCGUCAACCACCUCCAGCGCCAUGGCGCCAAGCUCUUCUACCUCCUGCACCUGGGCCUCAUUGCGUUCUCGAUCGCGACCAUCUCGACCUUUAUGAAGCCGUACUUCUCCACGACCGAGUUCCGCACGUACUGCGAGAACCAUGGCCUCGACGACAACCUCUCGGGCACGAGCUGCGUCCUCCUCGAGGGCUACAUGGUCGUCGCCGUCAUGGCGCUCACGCUCGAGAUCGGCCUCUCGAUCUACAUGCUCACGAUCGGCCGGCGCAUCGCCAAGAAGCAAGCCAUCGAGUACGCUCGCCUCGUGCGCGAGAAGAGCAUGGAGGACGCCGAGCUCCCGAGUGUCACGCGCAAGCACUCGACCGUCAAGAAGGGCGUGUCGGACGUCGCCUAAGGAGCCACUGUUGCAUUGAAAAACGAUAAUCCAGCAUGCAUUGCUCGUACUCACCAUGGAGCUCAUGGCGUCCAGCG